CCGAAGUGUACAAGCAAGGCGAGGCUCUGCUCAGCUCGGCAACAUCCUAAUCUCUUCUCUCUGGCGAAAGAGCUUCACGCUGAGUCGCGUGUUAAAGUGUGCUGUUGUAACGUACAGGUUCGUUCUGGAACAGUUUGGACUACUAAUGGGAGCAGGUCUCAUUAUGCAGCUGGAUAAAAGCUUCUACCUAGUGGUGAUUGUCUCUGUAUGCACACUUCUCGUUCAUGGACAAGACAACGCGCAGACUCGAAUACCCGAUAACUUGAUCGCGUGUUAUCGGGAUCAAUCUCUUCGACAUCCAGAAAACAGGCCUCCCAUGUCCAUCGAAACUUUUAUUGAUAUUGUCAGAAAGGUUGAAAAAUACCAGAGAGGGACAGUGGAUAUUAAUACACUGGCAACAUCAAUGUUACACAGCUUUCGACUUGAUGGCAUUGAAAGAAGUCAGGAUGUGUUGGAAAUGGAAGGGGUGAUACCAUACGCAGUUAAGGGCAUACCAUUCUAUAAGCAUCGCCUUGUUUUGAGAUACCUUGUUCCCAGCAAUGAAUACCAGUUUCCAAAUGAGAGUCUGACACAAGUUGAAUUGUGCACAUUACAUUUUAUGCUGUCCCAUUCCAUCGACAAAACACAACGUGGUGAUGAAUCAACAGUGUGUGGUAGACUGUCCAAUUAUGAAUCAGGCCGUGGUAGUCGUAAACCACGAAACGCUAGAUUCAGAAGACAGGAAGAGGCUGCCAUCAACAAACAAUCCUUGGGGCCUCAAGAUGAAAACCAAAACUCGUUUAAUUCAGAAGGGGCACAUGAUACUGUGGCAGAAGAGGGAACACAGAAAGUUGCAGAUACGAUAGUUCAGAGUUUAGCAGAGGACGCGUCAGAAGACACAUUAAAACAAACUAAUGAAGAUGAUCCACAUCAAGGAGAAGAACCACCAGAAACAUCACAAGAGGAUGAAAAUGCAAAGAAAAAAGAAGAAGUAGAAAUGAUAAAACAAACAACCACGGGAAGUGAGUUGAAGAAUGGGAAGUUUAUCUUUGACGAUGAUAAAGAGAGUAACAAUUACCCACAACAAAGGGCAAAAAAUAUAAUGGAACCAACAACAAUCAAGAACCAACUGCCACGUGUUACCGUCUCUACCGUUGAGAGCGACUGCCCGGUGGAGAAUGGUGUUGUGAGAACUGACUGGGGGACUGUUUCACUAGGAACUGUACUAAGUGGAAUUGUUGCUGGACUAUUUCCACAACAGAUCAGAAUUGCCGAUCUUGUUCAGAAGGCGAUGCAUUCCAGAACUCUAACACCAGAACUAAGCUCUGCUGUUGUUGAUAACAAAUUUGCCGCUACUCUUGUAGGUGAUCUUUCGGAGGUUGCUUUGGAGCAGGGUCCCAAGAGACUUCAGGAUAUUAAAGUUGGAGUCUCUGGUGGAUGGAACAGCACAAUUUUUCCUCGUUGGUACUUUGACAAAGAGAAGGAAGGUCAUGAAUUAACUGAUGCUGAGAUCCGAGGUGGCCUCGAUGGUUUAGUGAUGGGAACUUACAUCCAGAAGUGGAAACAAUUUGCACCAUCACUGAAACUUUCCCAACUAUUAUCCAUGUAUUAUUCAGAAAAUGGAGUGUUUGAAACUCAGUAUCGUGCCUGCCAACGCAGGGACUUAUAUUCUGAGGUGGCUCCAAAUACAGUAAUGGAAGAACAGACUUACCGGUUUACAAUUGUUCUCGAUCAGCAGUCGAUAAGCUCGGCGAGUGUGGAUAAUGCCCGAGUCAAGACAUUUGCAGAAACAGCUGUCAGAAGUCUGGGUAGCUAUUUACCUGCAAUGAAUGAAAACUCUUGUACAAGAGCGGGCACUCCUCGUGAAAUAUCUCCUGCAUCUUUGACACCGUAUACCAAUGUGACUGUUGUAAUUGAUAAAAACUGGGCAUACAGUGACAUCAAGAAGAUUCUAUCCUACUUGGUGAAGAAGCUUGAAUUAGGAGAAUAUGGAAGUCGAAUCACUGUGCUCGAUGGAAAAAAGAGAAUUCCAUUCGUCACUGAUGUAAUGUAUACAACUGAUUUUGAUGCAGAAUUCAAUGAGUCUGCUUACAACACUCAUGAAGGCGGAAUGGAUAUCCCAAGAGCACUUGAACAAGAGCUUCAGAAAAACAUGGAGGAUCUUCUCAUAGCAGAGGAGAGGAGUAAAACAGCUGGAGGAAGAUCAACAGUUAUUGUGUUCAUACCCCGAGAAUCAGUCAACCUGAAUAACAAUGAUUUAACAAUUGCAAAGGAGCGAGUCAAGCAUUUUAGAGAAUACCUUCCAGAUGUUAAAUUCCUGUAUCUGUCUCCUGGAAACAAGGACAAUUACAAGGAGCUAGUAGACAAUCCCUCAACUGACAUCUUUACAUUUAUUUACCAGGGAACUGAAAUUGAAAUACCUGGCAUUGUCGAUCCACUUGUUGACAGAAUUAAGAGGGUUCCACUGAGACUGCAAAACCCAACUUGUGGUGCUGAUUGGAGUAGGGAAGAUUAUGGCACUGCUGAAUACAUACAUUCUGUCAAGUCGAAGGGAGUGAAAUAUCAUCGACUGCAUCCCAACUACUUCUAUGGGGUAGAAUCAGCAAAAGUCACAGUCAUAAAUUCCAAUUCUGAUGAAAUUGACGUGUGCCAUUCGAGAAAAUUAGAGUACCCUGAUAAUGCUACAACUGACGUAACAUGUAAAAAAAUAAGAGGUGAAAACGUUGAAAUACAGCUAGUCAAUCCGUGCGAUGGGUUUGAGUUCAUCUCGCAGUGCCCCCCACUCUUCAUUUCAGUAAAAUCUACUGACACAGUCCUGCAGCCCAGUUGUAAUUAUGAUUGUGUAUAUCCUAACGAUGUCCAGUAUACAAUUCGGAAUGAAGGACUUGGCUUGUCAUGA